ACCCCCCAGUUAAUUCACAGAAGAACACGAAGAAGAAGCCGGAGCCGCUCUCUGGCCCACUGUAAUUACGCUGAAGUCGAAAAUCGCUCAUCAUUUUUCUUCCCCUCCUCUAUUUAGGUCACUUAGUGAACUGAACAGUCAGUGUUAUCUAGUGAUGGAUUACGGACGGAGCUAAUGUUCACCGGAAUACAGCACCCAGUUAUUGUGGAAACCCUGACAAGAAGAGAUGACGGAAGACACUGACGAUUUACAUUGAGAAGGAUUUGACAUCCUGUUCGUGUGCCAAUGAUGCGCCGUCAUUGGUUGCUGGUUGGUGCUUGUGGCUGGGUGCUACUUAUCCUUAUGUUCGUCAGCAAGUUCAUCAACUUCAGCUUCAGAAUACCAGGUGACUAUGCAGAGAGGACAGAGAUGUUUGUUUGGACCUUGCCAUCUGUUACGAUGACUCUACAGUGGCCAGACAAGGGAGCAUCGCAGCCAUAUAAACUGUCCUCAGUUGGUCCCUCUGUGGUGGAGCCCACAGACUGGCAGUCAGUGAAUGAGAAGCGUCUGGAGCUGUUAGCAACUGUUUGCAGAAAUUCAUCUCUGUGGAACCUCACCCACACAACUGUGGGCAAGUUUGUGUUGGACCGCAUUUUUGUGUGUGACAAGCACAAAAUACUCUUCUGUCAGACACCCAAAGUUGGAAAUACACAAUGGAAGAAGGUUCUAAUUGUCUUGAAUGGAAAGUUCUCAAAAGUUGAAGAUAUACCAGAAAACCUGGUUCACGAUCAUGAAAGAAAUGGUUUACCCCGCCUGUCCACUAUGACGGACACAGAAAUUCAUCAAAGGUUAAAUUCCUAUUUCAAGUUCUUUAUUGUGAGAGACCCAUUUGAGCGUCUCAUAUCUGCUUUCAAGGACAAGUUUGUGAAGAACCCAAGAUUUGAACCUUGGUACAAACAUGACAUUGCCCCAGCCAUCAUUCGUAAAUAUCGCAAGAGUCACCAUGAUGAUAGUGGAAAAGUGGGUCUUCAGUUUGAAGACUUUGUACGGUACUUGGGUGACAAGUCAGGCCGACAGCACUUGGAUAGGCAGUUUGGUGACCACAUUAUUCACUGGAUGACAUAUGCUGAGCUGUGUGCUCCUUGUGAUAUCCCCUACAAUGUUGUGGGACACCAUGAGACUCUGGAGCGUGAUGCUCCUUAUAUUCUAAAAGCUGCUGGUAUUGCUGACCUGGUGUCAUACCCCAAUAUCCCACCAGGGAUAACCCGCUACAACCGCACCAAGGUGGAACGCUAUUUUACUGGAAUCAGCCAACGAGAUGUUCGUCGACUCUACGCUCGCUACCAGGGAGACUUCAGCCUGUUUGAUUACCAGAGACCUGCCUUCCUUGUGGGCUGACAUUGAGAUUUCCUGACUAUAUAUAUAUAUAUAUAUAUAUAUAUAUAUAUAGAGAGAGAGAGAGAGAGAGAGAGAGAGAGAGAG